AUGAACGACGGGGAUUGGAUAUGUAGCGAUCCCAAUUGUGGAAAUAUCAACUUUGCUCGGCGGCUAACUUGCUAUCGUUGCAAUAAAGAGAAACCUAAUGGUGGGAAACCAUCUACCAAAAAACUUGGGACUGAAAUAGGGAAAUCGGCUGCUGAAAAAUCACGCGGUCUAUUUAAUGCCGACGACUGGCAGUGCAAUAAGUGCGCGAAUGUAAAUUGGGCAAGGCGUCAGACUUGUAAUGUUUGCAAUGCGCCAAAGUUUGGAGAGGUGGAAGCUCGAACUGGAUAUGGUGGAGGUUACAACGAGCGCGGUGUCGUUGAGUACCGGAGACGAGAAUCAUCAUCAUCCGAUGAAUAUGAUGAGUUUGGGAGAAAGAAACGCAAACGGAAGGCAGAUGAUGACAAGGUUGGCAUCACUGAAGGUCCUGAAAACAAAAAGUUGCCACCAACAAUGCUGCAGAGGGAUACAAAAAUGGGGCCUUUUUUGCCUGUGCCAGCUCCAAAUGUAAUUUUGCAAAAUAAAAGAGACCCUGAAAAAGUUAAUGGCAGUCUUAGUGAUGGUUCUGUGUGUGAACUACCAAAAGUAAAUAAAAUAGUGUUUAGGAGAAAUCAAAUGAAUUACAAACAAGAUCAUUCUACACCUUAUAGUAGAACAAACGGUGUUCAGCGCAAGCGUUUUACUAGUGUAGGUGAUAAAGAUCAAACGGGAUCCUCGGGGUACGAAACUGGUUCUAAGAAGGGUAAGAACGACUCUCCAAAUCCGAAAAUGUACAACCCAGUGAUGGAAAAUAGAGUUUCCUCCACAAACAAUGAUGUCGUUUAUAAAUUUACUGGAUCUACACCCGCUGAAGACUUUGAAGUUACUUACACAGUAGAAGAGAGAGUGAGGGCAGCUGCAUUUGCAAUAGUUUAUAACAAUUGCAAAAUUAGUACUGACAAAUUUGAAUCCUUAUAUGACAAACCGGCUCCUGAUUUCAAAACAAUAUUUGCUUGGAGGCAGAGACUUUUAUCUACAGGAUGCUUAGUUGAUUCUCAUUUGGAUCUACAGAAAAAAGAGGUUGAUAAGUCUCAAAUAGCCAAAUCUGUAAGGAAGAAACUGGUCCAAAAGUUACCUAAUCCAGAUGAAAUUGCUAUAAUAUCUGACUCUGAUGACUGUUUACAAAACUCUGAGGUUAGUCAAGUAGUUUUUCCGCUUCGGCAAAAGAGUAUUAGUGCUGAAACUUUACUGCUUCCCGGGGCUGACAAUGAAAUCCGACAAACUGCUGGUUCCAUCAGUACUUUAGAUGGAAGAGGAUCUCAAGGAAGAAGUCAUUCAGCAUCUACUCAUCAUAGGACAAGGUCUAGUUCCUGUGAUAGCCAAGAAUCAAACUAUCCCAACUCCGAUAUAGAAACCUCCAAUAAGAAUUUUCUGAAGAAUAAAUCUUUAAAAUCUACUCGGCAGUCACUUCCAAACUCAGAUUCAGAAUCAUUGUCGUACAAUAGUGAUGAGGUCGAUUUUAGGUCAAGAGUUUUUGGUGAUAUGAUAAAAGUGAGACGUAAACAAAAAAAACAUUCCAGCCCCGCUUCCCAAGCUAAAUAUUUUCCUGAUGAAUCAAGCCCAUUCCAAGGAUAUAGUACAGUCAAGUCAAUGGAACAAUCUCCAUUGGCCACAGGAAAUAUUUACACUUCUAACUUACAUAACAUGGCCGUCAGUCAAAAGGUUCAGGAUAACAGUGCUUUUGACACUGAUGCAUAUUCUAGUGAGUAUGUUCCUACUAGACUAGGAGCUACAGCUAAGAAUAACUAUCAAGACUUCAAAAACAAUGUAAAGAAAAAAGGAUUCUGGGCCAAAGGCAAUAGUAGUAGUUUCCCAAAACAAAAUUCAACUUCAUGUACUAAAAUCCCACAGAAACCACUUGAAAAUAAUUAUUUCCCUGAAGAACCAGCUUUCGUUACAGCUCAGCCUCCAGUACUAUUGAGUAAGGUUGAAGAUUUUACUAAAGAUGAAUUUGAAAGCUGUGUUUCAGUGGAUCAGUACUUGCCAUUUGAUAAGCCUCUAGAACCGUUAAAUAAUACGAAAUCGCCUGAAAACACGUCUCGUAUAUUCGAUCUAGUACAAUCAAAUGCUAUGAAUAAAAAUAGAAGUAUUAUGGACAUUUUUGAUAGCAACGAGCAGAAGAAUCAAGAGUGUUCUGAUAGGGCUAAUGAGUUGGAGGAGAAAUUUGACUGUGCCCGGAAAAUGUAUGAGACAGAAUGGGAUAUGGAUGACGAUGCUCUUUACAAGAACAGUGACUCCCUUGAUAUUCCACUACCUAGCAAACGGUCACCAUCACCACAGAAUGUCAAUUUCAACAGAGUCAAGAGUCCCAUCACGAAUAUGCUGUAUGCCACCAGUCCAGAUAUUCCUAAAAAUAACAAAACGUCUCAAUUAUUAAACGCAGACCUUAUCAAAGAGAAACGUGACAUGCUAUUCGGGUUAUUAAGAAAUGAAAAUCAUGAGAAACCAUGUAACAUGUCGCAGCAUGGUAAUAUAAUCAUAGAAGGUCAAAAUCACAUACGCGAGAAUCUUCAAGCUCAAAAUCAUAUCCCCAAAAAAUCCCUUAAUUUCAGUCAUACACCAGUGCCCAAACCUUCGUCGUUAACUGACGAAAUAAGGAGUAUGUCGGGGGAACCUAAAAAUAAAACGCCCAGUAAACCAACAACAACUAUAAGCCCUUCCAAGAAGGUUCAUAUUUUAGAAUCUAUCACGAUAAAAGCUAAUAAUAAUUUAGAUCUCACAAAUAUAUCUGGGAAAGUAGAGCAGAAGCCUACAGAGAGUAACGUAAAUAUUACUCCCAGUAUGUCUCCAAAAUUACAAACACCACAAACUCAAGUUCCUACACAGACUGGUGAAGCGUCUGCCAGCCAUAUUGUGCAGAAACAAAGUAAUGAAAUAGAUCUCUCUAAUCUAUUGUCCAGUAUAAACACCAACACACUUCUUCUGGCUCUUCAGAAUUUACAGCAACUAUCUCAAACCGGCGCUGUUAAAGAAACCAGUUCUAGUCAUGAUAACGAAAAUCAAACAAAUCAAAAAGAAACCGUGGAAACAAUAAACUUAACAAACGACGAAGAUUGGGAAAAAGAAUCGAAUCAGGACGAGAGUAUAGAAAGAGAAUUAGAGAAGCUCGAUGGUAACACAGGAGAUACACCUUUCCUAAGUGACAUCUUUGACCCGGGCCCAGUGGUGAUGCCAUCCAACGUUAAUAAAUUAAAUAUCAAUCUAAAGAAAGAUGAUCCUAAAAAGUCACAAACUAAUUUAAAUGAAAACGCACCAGUGAUAGGAAACUUUAAAAGCUUCGCUCUCCCUAAACCUAUAAUGUUAAAUAGAUUAAAACUGACAAGCAAACAGACGGAAAAGACUGCCAAUAGAAUUGAUGGGAAAAGAGUUAAGAGACGAAAGAAGAAGCAGUCUUCAUCUCAGGAUGGCGGUGAUGGGGCUGAUGAAGAAGAGGAAUCUGGAGACGAGGCAGAUCUCUCUAAGUAUGAUCUUUGGGGAAGUGAUGAGGAAAAAGGCACCUCGUCUAAACUGGAUAAUGAAAAUCAAAAAGAAGAUACAAAUUCUAAAGAGGACAACUUGAAUGCAUUAGAGAAAAAUGGAAAAGCAGAGACGAAGAGUAAAAAAAGAUCCAGAAGUUCAUCAUCAUCAUCCAGCUCUUCAUCAAGUUCUAGUUCUAGUCACAGUUCUUCACAAGCACCUAAAAAUAGAUUCGACGAUUUCAAUCUGAACAGCGAGCGCGAGUCUCAGACUGGUUCACCUCGCGGUCGGAAGUCUAGGACGAGGUCAAGGUCACCGCGAGUGAGACGACGGUCAAGGGACGCUCGGUCAGUGGGAGACAGAAGUUACGACAAAGAAAAAUCUAGAGAAAGAGAUCGUCGGGAACGAUCGCGCGGGUCCCGCGAGAGAAAGGAGCGACGCUACAGCAGAGAAGGAACAACGCAUUACGGCGCUAGAGGGCGACACCGUUAA